GUGCGCGCGCGGGGGAUUGGCGCGGCCGCGCAGGCGCGCGAGGCACAGCGGGCGCGCGGGCCGGCCCCGGGCCUCCAUGAUGGAGGAGCGAGCGGCCGCAGCCGUCGCCGCCGCCGCCUCCUCCUGCCGUCCCCUCGGCUCGGGCGCGGGCCCUGGUCCGACGGGGGCGGCCCCGGUCUCUGCCCCCGGGUCCGGCCCGGCUGCUAAGGGAGGCAGCGGCGGGGGCAGCCCCGGUCCCACGGCGGGGCCGGAGCCUCUGAGCCUGCCCGGGAUCCUGCACUUUAUCCAGCACGAGUGGGCGCGCUUCGAAGCGGAGAAGGCCCGCUGGGAGGCGGAGCGCGCCGAGUUGCAGGCUCAGGUGGCCUUCCUCCAGGGAGAGAGGAAAGGGCAAGAGAAUCUCAAGGCUGACCUGGUACGACGGAUCAAGAUGUUAGAGUAUGCGCUGAAGCAGGAGAGGGCCAAAUAUCAUAAAUUGAAGUUUGGGACAGACCCAAACCAGGGGGAGAAGAAACUGGAACUGUCAGAACAAGUCUCCAAUGGCCCCGUGGAGUCGGUCACUUUGGAGAACAGCCCGCUGGUAUGGAAGGAGGGACGGCAGCUUCUCCGACAGUACCUGGAAGAGGUGGGUUACACGGACACCAUCCUGGACAUGCGGUCCAAGCGUGUGCGGUCCCUACUGGGCCGCUCAUUGGAGCUCAAUGGGGCCAUGGAGCCCAGUGAAGGGGGCCCCAGGACCAUGCCAGGCCCUGGGGGGCUCAGCGGCGGGGAGUCACUGCUGGUGAAACAGAUCGAGGAGCAGAUCAAGAGGAAUGCGGCAGGCAGAGAUGGCAAAGAGCGCUUGGGUGGCUCGGUGCUGGAGCAGAUCCCCUUCCUCCAGAGCUGUGAGGAUGAAGACAGCGACGAGGACGACGAACUGGACAGCAUGCAGCACAAGAAGCAGCGCGUGAAGCUGCCAUCCAAGGCCCUGGUGCCCGAAAUGGAGGACGAGGAUGAGGAGGAUGACUCAGAAGAUGCCAUCAACGAGUUCGAUUUUCUGGGCUCAGGAGAGGAUGGGGAGGGCUCUCCAGACCCUCGGCGAUGUGCUGGAGAGGGAACCCACCAUGAGCUGGAAAGCCGGCGGGUCAAACUCCAGGGAAUUUUGGCUGACCUUCGGGAUGUGGAUGGGCUGCCCCCCAAAGUGACUGGCCCACCUCCUGGCACACCCCAGCCCCGGCCACACGAAGGUUCCUUUGGCUUCUCCUCAGACGUUUUCAUCNAGUGGGCAAGUGCAGGCUCGCCCAGGGCUAGGCUGGCUGUAGGACCCCAGCAUGGGAAUGCGGCAGGCAGAGAUGGCAAAGAGCGCUUGGGUGGCUCGGUGCUGGAGCAGAUCCCCUUCCUCCAGAGCUGUGAGGAUGAAGACAGCGACGAGGACGACGAACUGGACAGCAUGCAGCACAAGAAGCAGCGCGUGAAGAUAUCAGUGUCUGCGGGACUGCUUGGGUGGAAGAGAAGACCUGAGGCAGCUCCCCCCCACCAGUUGUCAGACAGCAAAGAUGCCUUUAAGAAGACAUGGAACCCCAAAUUCACCCUCCGCUCACACUACGACGGCAUCCGCGCCUUGGCCUUCCACCACAGCCAGUCGGCUUUGCUCACUGCUUCCGAGGACGGCACACUUAAGCUCUGGAACCUGCAGAAGGCUGUCACAGCCAAGAAGAAUGCUGCACUAGAUGUAGAACCUAUCCACGCCUUCCGGGCUCACAGGGGCCCCGUGUUGGCAGUAGCCAUGGGCAGCAACAGCGAGUAUUGUUACAGUGGUGGGGCAGAUGCCCGCAUCCACAGCUGGAAGAUCCCAGACCUCAACAUGGACCCCUACGAUGGUUACGACCCGAGCAUGUUGAGCCACGUGCUGGAGGGCCAUGGGGACGCUGUGUGGGGCCUGGCCUUUAGUCCCACGACCCAACGCCUGGCCUCCUGCUCUGCCGACGGCACUGUCCGCAUCUGGGACCCCAGCAGCAGCAGCCCGACCUGCCUCUGUACCUUCCCCACAGCCAGCGAUCACGGGAUUCCCACCUCAGUGGCCUUCACCAGCAUCGAGCCUGCCCACAUCGUGGCCUCCUUCCGCUCUGGCGACACAGUCCUAUAUGACCUGGAGGCUGAGAGUGCUCUCCUCACGCUGGAGUCCCGGGGGAGCAGCGGCCCAACCCAGAUCAACCAAGUGGUGAGUCAUCCAAACCAGCCCCUCACCAUCACCGCCCAUGACGACAGAGGCAUCCGCUUCCUGGACAACCGGACAGGGAAAUGCGUGCACUCCAUGGUUGCCCACCUGGAUGCCGUCACCUGCCUGGCCGUGGACCCCAGUGGUGUAUUCCUGAUGUCGGGAAGCCACGAUUGCUCCCUUCGUCUGUGGAGCCUGGACAACAAAACGUGCGUGCAAGAGAUCACGGCGCACCGCAAGAAGCACGAGGAGGCCAUCCACGCCGUUGCCUGCCACCCCAGCAAGGCCCUCAUCGCCAGUGCGGGCGCCGACGCCCUGGCCAAGGUCUUCGUAUGAUGCCCACCUGGCCCCGCCCUGGCCAGGGAUGGGGCCAGGCAGGCAGGACUGAGGUGACUCCCAGCCUCAGUGUGGAGGCCCGGAGGCCCAGCCGCUUCCCGCCUGCCUUGGAGCCUGGUGGUGCUAAAGGCUGUUUCCCCAGGAGGCCCUCCCCCAGGUCUGCCCUUCCGCCAGCAGCCAGCCUGGGGAGUUGCCUCCUUCAGGAAUCACCCUCUAAGAUGGCCUCUGGGAGUUUCCUCUCGGCCCUGACACCCACUCCUGGUCUCUAAGCUGCCUUCUGGGGGUAGCACAACCAGAGCUGAGUGUCCUUGGGGAUCAGCUUUUCCAAGAUGCCAGAAGGUGCCAGGUUCUCUCUUUGAACCCCUGACCCCUCCUCUCCAUCCUCCCAGACCUGGGUGGGAACUGCUGGGAGGAACCCCAGGCUCCCCUGCUCUGGGUCUUUCUGGGAGCCAUGGAGCCAGCUGGACCCAGGCUAUCCUCAGUGGGAGUGCUAGGCCCGGCCCACCCGGAAACAAACCCAGUCCACCAUCCUCCCUUCCAGUUCCCUCAACACAGCUUUCCAGACACUACCCAAUGCCUCCAGGGUCAAUAACUGCCUGGGGAGCAGGUGAUGCCCGCUAGGGAGGUGCCCGCCCCUACCUCCCCAACACUCCUCCAAGGGCAGCCCCUUCCACCCCCCACCAGCUCACCCAUGGGGAGAGAUGGCCUUCUUUUGCCCCUCCCUGGGGCAUGGAGGGUGGAGUGGGGUCCCCUGGGUCCCCCAUAACUCCCUGUAUAUCUGUAUAAAUAAAUGGGAUUUUAAUGGACCCCCCAAGCCCCCCCUCCCCCAUGUUGUUAUCACUGUGUGAUAGUCUGUCAGUCUCCUCUCCUGGCCCUCCACUCUAUUCCUCUAUUUAUUUCACUCUCUUUUUUGGGUUCCAUCCUGAGCACUCAGGCCCCCUUUCCAGAUUCCUGUUUAUAAGCCCCAUCCCCUCUGUCCUGGACUUGUAUGUGAAAAUUGUCUCAAUAAACCCUUUGGAGUAAGA